GUCUCUGCCUGGCUCCGGCGGCCGGACCCCAUCGGCGGUCACUCCCACGAGCUCCAGAUCGAACUUUGCAUGGGAGGAUGAGAAGCAGAGCGGGACCUUGUUCCAAGUGGAGGACGACGCCGAGCAGCCGCUUCUGCCACAUAGCCUGCCCGAAGAUUGGAACGACGAGAGCAAGGUCACUGUGCACCGAGGCCCCUUGGGCUUUGUUGAGGGGGGCAGCCUCCAGUCCACCGUGCCGGCGACUGUCGUGAGACAUGCAGCUCCACCGUAUUCCUAUGUGGCGUCACCCCCCAGAGUGGUGAACACGGUGAGCACUGUGAACCCUCUGGUUUCAGCUGCCAGCUUUCACAGCACGGCCAGUAGUUUUCAAGGUCGAGUCGGUGGCGUCACCUACACGGCCUCCCCGCCGAGCUACGCCAACGGCACGAGCGCCCCGCUGGUGACGGUGCCGCCGUCGCUGCCGCAGCUGCCGGGGGCGGCCAAGGUCGUGACUCGAAGCCUUCCAACGGUGAUGUCGCCCACCUCCCAAGUGACCUCGGCACCGUCUCAUGUUCCCGCGAGCGGACCUAUGGUGACGGGCCUCAAUGGCCUCAAUGGCAACAAGCACUGGUUUACGGUGGCCACGGAAAAGGUCUGGCCCGCGGCGUCCCGGCACAUUUGCAAGUACCUGCUGAACAACUUCGACGAUGGACACUUCUCCGAACAGAAGCUGGAUGAGAUGUCGAAGACGAUGUCCAGCAUGCCUCCACGAGUGCCGCUUACCGCGGAGUGGAUCAACUUCAUACUGAAGCAAGUCUGGGAGGUGGUGCAGCCCAGCGUGUCCAAGGCCGUGAAGGAGAUGUUGAAGCCCAAGCUGCACAACGCCUUGAGCAUGGUGGCGCCCAUCGACAUCGAUCCCUGCCUGCUGGGAGAUGAGCCCCCACAGAUGGACGAGAUCGAGCUGUUGCCUGAUCAAGGCUUGGGGAACUGGAUGGACUUGAAGAUCCAUUUUUUUUGGCACUCGGAACCCGACAUCACCGUGUCCUGUAAGCUGGGCAGUGUGGCUCUGCCGAAGCUGAAAGUGGGCUUCACGAUGUACCUGGGUCUUCAGGGCGAGGCCGACGAGCCGCCCUUUUUCAAUGCUGCCGUGCUCUACAUGGGCAAUGGCUUUAUGCAUGCCCGUGAUGUGCUCGGCACGGUUCAGGAACGGCAAGAUCCCUAUAUUGGGAUGACCUUCGGAGAUGCCUGGGCUGGCUUCAGCGUGAGCUUUGUGGAAGACGCCGUGGUGUCAGCCCUGAACAGCGUCAUCGUGCCCAAGCUGGUCUUGCCGCAAAGAAUGGUGGUCCAUGCCAGCCAUGGCAUCGUCCCCUUUGACCUCCUGAUGCCAAAGCCCCGUGGUUGCCUGCAAAUCACUGUUAAAGGGGUCACGGGCCUGGUUGGAACCGAGUGGAAGCUGCAGAGCUUGUUGACUGGCUCCCGCUCGAACGAUCCGUAUGUGAUGGUGGACCUGGCCGGAGAGCUGAGCAACACCAACCGCACCUUGAGGACCCCCACCUGUUACAAUGAACUGAAUCCCACUUGGGAUGAUCAAAACAGCUUCUUCUUCGUGAUUGAUUCAGUGCGUUUGCAACACUUCAACUUCCGCGUCUUCGAUGAUGGGCUGCUCCAGAUGUUCCGCGAGCAGCAGAUAGGCAUGGCCAGUCAGGAAGAUUUGAUGGCCCGGCGGCUGGGUCUCAGUGUGAUGGAACUCUUUGGCAUCAGCGGCAUGGACUUCUUCGAUCGAGAACAGCAGGUGGAUCAGACCUGCUCGUUGGACAUGAUGUGGCCAGGCAAGGAGGAGCAUGAGGAGCUGCGAAAUGCGCAGGCCAACGUACACCUCAGUCUCCAUUGGCGGCCCAUUGUCUACAGCCAUCCCUCAAUGCUACCCUCGGAGAUCUUCAUGGAGGACGACGAGCCGGAGCCCGUGUGGCCGCACUUCGUGCUGCGGGUCUGCUUCCGCACGCUGGAGAUGCGGAAGUUCAGCGGAAAGCAAACGGAUCAGUUCUUCAUCAAGGCCACGGUGAUGCCAGGCUUCGACUACGCGGGCAGCCAUCAUGAUGAGCCCAAGGACGGAGUCUCCGAGGUGGUCUCGAAGAAGGUCUAUCCACAGCACCAGCAGAAUGAGGACAGGGCUGAAAUGGUGAGCAGGAUGACGGGUGGACGGAUGGGACGUGCUUGCCGGGUGGCCACCUUUGACCAGGCCUUCCGCUUUAUGGUCCGUGACCCCAGAGCCACCAAGAUCCACCUGUCCUUCAACUCCGUGGCCGACUUCGACAAGACCGACGUCCAUGAGCUAGGUGAGAUGACGCUGGACGUGAAUUCCUUGUUGAGAGAGAAGGACCUGGCCAGGGACAUCAAAGAUGAGGAGCUGGACAACUGGGAAGGUGGCGAGGUGCCAGCGCGCUUCAGCGGACAUGUGCAGCUCUUCCAACUGCACAACGUGAACAACAAGCAGGCAGUGGCACAAACGAAGGCCCAACAGGCCUCCAUGAACAAGGAGAUCGCCUUGAGAGAAGCCCAACAACUGGUGCAGAAGGCGUCGGCCCUGCGCGCGGAGGCCGAUGCCUUGGAGCGGCAAGCGCGCGCCAAGGACAGUGAGCGAAACAAGCGGCACAAGGGUGAACGCAACUCCCUGAAGGUGCGCAUCACCUCGGCACGCGGCUUGCGCGCGGCGGACUUCACCUUGACGCGCUGGGGAACCUCCGACCCCUACUGCUCCUGCGAGUUGGCUGGGAAGGCCAAGAGUGGAUUCAAGACCAAUGUGGUGGAAAAGACCUUGGAGCCCUAUUGGGACUACGAAGGCACGGUGAACAAGUACAAGUCGGGGAUGCCUCUGAAAUUCAGCGUUUAUGACCGGGACUUCAGCUACAAGGAUGACUUGUUGGGCUCUGUCACAGUGAGUGCGGCACAGUUUCACCCCAAUGGCUUCGUGGGAGAGUUGAAGCUGGUGGACCCCCAGGCAGCUGCCGGGCAGGAGGCGUUCCUGCAGGUGGAGAUCGCGGACAUCCAUGGAGAGUUUCCUGCGGAUGAGAAGGAAGGCUCCGGAUCAGCACUCAAGGUGAAGAUCGUGGCCGCACGCGGCUUCCAGGACGACAGCAAAGGCCUCUUUGGGAAGACCACCGCUUGCCUCUUCAGCACCUGUGAGAUCAUGGGCAAGGCGAGAAGCUCCAUGCGAACGCAGGCAAUUGAACAUACCGGGCAGCCUGAGUGGAACUACGAGCGCCACAUGCGCAGCUUCAAGUCAGGUGACGUCCUGCUCUUCAAGGUAGUUCAGGAGCAAAGUGGCAAGGACUAUCCUUUGAUGAUGAAACAGAUGAAGGCAGAGGACUUCUAUCCCAAUGGCUUCGCUGGGGUCUUGGAGAUGGACCCUGUAGGCAGUUGGAGCGGCGCCUCGGACCUGAAGCCGCAGCUGGAGGUGCUCAUCAGCAACUCCGAGGGCAAGUAUCCCAAAAUGAUGCUCCCGGACUCCAAAUUGGAGGUGCGGAUCUUGAGCGCGAGAGACCUGAAGGCCUCUGACGUCUACCUGCUUCAGCAAAGCUCCUCCGAUCCCUACUGCAAGUGCGAAGUGGUCGGCAAGCCUUUGAGCCGCUUCCGUACCAAGACGGUGGACCAGAACCUUUUCCCGGUCUGGAAUCAUCAGAGUCGCCUCCGAGGAUAUGAGCAGGGUGAUUCCAUCAAGUUCACCAUCUUCGAUGAGGAUUACGUGUCACAGGACGAUGAGUUGGGAUAUGCGGUUCUGAAGAGCGAGGACUUCCAUGCUGAGGGCUUCUACGGGGAGCUGCGCCUGCAAGGCACCGACGUGGAGUCCUACAUCAAGGUGCAGAUCUCCACCUGCGAGGGAGAGUUCUUGAACGGGGUGAAGUCCGAUGAGGACAAGGCAGUCAUCUUCAUCAACACUCUGUGGCUGUUGGCGCAGGCGGCCUUUCCGUGGUUCCGAGAGCAGUCCUUCUGGAUUGACACCGCAUUCUUGGCAGUCUAUGUGGUGGAGACCGUGCUGAGGAUUGGACAUUGGAAGCUGCAGUUCUUCUCGCAUCCAGAUGAAGCUGGAUGGAAUUGGUUUGACCUGAUCAUCGUCUUGUCGGGCCUCCUUGAAGAGAUGGAAAGCAUCGAGCACAAGGAAAAGGGAGGACAUGCAGGUAAAGAGCUCAUGGCCUUGCGAGUCUUCAAGCCCUUGCGGCUUCUGGCCAGGCUGGCGAGGUUCAUGCGGGUGAUCCGGCUGUGUCGUGUGUUGCUCACCGCCGACUUCUCGUGGGUCGAAUCUCCCAGUUUUCAGUCCACCGCAGGCGUAGUGAUCAUCCUCAAUGCCAUCAUCAUGGGCCUCGAGACCGAUCUGGAGUCGCCGAUCUUCGAGUGGACCGAACAGUUUAUGCUGGGCUUCUUCGUGCUGGAGUGCACUCUGAGGAUUAGGCACCGGGGCUGGGACUUCUUCAUGAGUCCUGAGGACCGUGGCUGGAACAUCGUGGACUUCACCAUCGUGGCCUCCGGGGUGGUGGACGAUUGGAUCCUUAAGGCUUGGAGCUUCAUUACACAGCAGCAACAGCAAAGUGGAGGCCUUAGCAAGCUGAUGACGUUGGCUCGAUUGCUGCGGCUCAUGAGGAUCCUGCGGCUGGUGCGUGUGGUGCGAGCCAUUCGGCCGCUGUAUAUGCUGGCCAUAGGUGUCGUGCGGGCGAUGCAGAGUAUGUUCUGGGUGCUGGUCCUGACCUUCGUAGCGCUCUAUGCUCUGGCCAUCCUGACGACCCGCGCCAUCGGGCGAGGAGAGCUGCUGAGCCUCGAUGCCGACAUCCCAGAGGAGACGCGCUUGAUGUUCAACACCAUUGCGGACUCGAUGUUUGCACUGUUCGCCUUCAUGAACAGCCAGCAAUGGCACAAGGUGGCACCUCUGUUGAACUUAAUGCCUUGGACCAAACUGAUCUUCGUGGUCUUCACCAUCUACAGCUCCUGGGCCUUGCUCAGUGUGAUGACCGGAGUGGUCAGCGACCACAUCCAGUACGUCCGCGAGGUACAGGAGCAGGAAGAUGAAGUGGCACAAGAUGUGCGACACUCGAACCUUGUGAGGAGCCUCUCCCAGAUCUUCGCCGCGGCGGACCCGGACGGCAGCGGCAAGCUGCGACGCUCGGUGUAUCUGGAGAUCUUGAACUCUCCCUUUCAGGUGAAGCGCCUACAACAGACAGUGAAGCUUCAUCUGGAAGAUAUCAAGCACCUCUUUGACUUGCUCGAUCUCGACGGGGCCGGCACUGUGGACUUUGACGAGUUCUGCGAAAGCCUGGACUGGAUCAGCAAGCCUGUCACUGGCCGAAGACUUUUGAAGGUAGACCUCGGGGUGAAGCUGCGAAGCUCCAAGGUGCAGCAAGGCGUGGUGGAUGCGAAGAAGGACUUUCAGAGCUUGGACACUCAAGUCUACCAAGAUGUCUUUCCUCCGCCCAAGAAGUCCAAGCGGCUGAGCUAUUGCCGGCGCUUCGACCGGCAACACAAGGUGCUGCUGGCCAGGUUCGACGAGUAUCAAAGUGUGGACUUGGGUGGCCCGUCCCUGGGCUACCGCGCGCGCUUCCGUUCCAACAAGUCCUUGUCGAACAUUUCCAGAGCGUCCUCCACGUGGUCGUCCUUCUCGGACAAGGCCACCCCCAUCGAUGAGAACUCCAUGUCUCUGGGGAAGCCUUUGGGUCCAGGCCCUGCGGUGGAUUCCACGAUCCACCACGUGAGGUCUAUGGAGUCCAUGAGCGGCGAGACCUCCUCGGAGGACUCGGUGCAGCGCUCCGAGCCCAGGCGAUCACUGGAGGAGGAAUCGAAGCCCAAGAUCGCUGCGUUGUCCAAGAGCCGCUCCUUCUCUUUCGAGGGUGGACAAACUCAAGGUAAGAGUGAUCCAAAAGUUGUGGCUCGACUCUUUGCUGGGAGCUUUACGGUGCCGAAGGCGGGCUCGGUGACCACGGCGCCUCUGAAGGAGGCCGAUGACGUGCCUGACUUGGGGACGUCGGCGUCAACGCGUCCCGCCCAGCAGCUGCGGAAAUCCUUAUCCUGGGGUUCCACCGAAGAGGUUGGGUGA